AUGUAUUGUAGGAGUAGAGUAUUGCGUUUAACCCGUGAAAUUUUACCAUUGAGAAAUAAGAUCGAUUAUAUUAAAAUAAGGACCAUGAGUCAAGGAGAAUCAGCCGACUUCAAGGCAGAUUUGAAAAAACGUUUAUCGCCCAUUCAAUACCAUGUCACCCAAGAAAAAGGAACGGAAAGAGCGUUUACCGGCAAGUUUAACAAAACUACAGAAGCUGGUUUGUAUACUUGUGUAGUAUGCAACGAAACAUUAUUCACUUCGGAAACAAAAUUUGAUUCUGGCUGCGGUUGGCCGGCUUUCAAUGAUGUUAUCGAUCAGAAAAAAGUGAAACUAACUACUGACACUUCAAAUGGUAUGAUAAGAACUGAAGUGCAGUGUGGAAAAUGUGAUGCACAUCUGGGACAUGUUUUUAAAGACGGCCCACCACCAACAGGAAGAAGAUUUUGUAUAAAUAGCGCUUCAAUGAAUUUUCAUCCAAUAAAUCAAGAAAAAUAA